AUGAAGAAAGAUAAAAAGAAUAAUAAUAGUAGUAGUAGUAGUAAACCAACAACAACAACAACAACAACAACAACUUCUCCUUCUUCAUCAACUUUAAGAAAAAGACAUGUUACAGGAAUCAAUAUAUUAGAACAAUUACCAUUAUCAUAUUUUAUAUGUUUAUUGGUAAGAUUGAUUAUUGGGAUAUCAUCAAUUGGUUAUAUUCAUCCAGAUGAAUACUUUCAAUCACCAGAGAUUACCGCUUCCGAUAUAUUCAACUUUGAUACAUUUAGAGCAUGGGAAUAUGAUCCUACUAACCCUUGUAGAUCAAUCAUUGUACCAAUGAUUAAUUCAGCAAUACCAUAUUUUACUUUUAAAAAAGGUACAAUUAUUAUUAGAGAUUUCAAUGGAUAUACAUUGUUUGUAAUGCCAAGACUAUUUGCAGUAUUUUCAUCGGUCUUGUUGGAUUAUUAUGUUUGUUUGUUAUGUCGACACUACCGACUUUCAUUCCAAAAGGCAUUGUCUGUCUUGUCGUCGUGCUGGCUUAUUAUCAUCUUUCACAGUAGAACCUUUUCAAAUACGAUCGAGUCACUUACCGUUGCAACACUAUUGACCAUUGUGUUGCUGCAGGACGGUAAAGGAUACAAAUACAUUGAGAAUCUGGCAUUACACGGUAUCCACAAUCGUCUCACUCAUCUCUUUGCAAGUCUUCCAUUAAUGAUUGGACCAUUAAUCAUAGUCUUGACAAUUGAAAUCAUAUCUAUUAUUAGAAAUUAUAAUAGUAAUAGUAAUAGUAAAUCAAAUCAACCGACAACAAAUAAUAAUAACAAUAAUAAUAAUAAUAAUAGUAAUAAUAAUUCAGAGAGUGGAAAUGGUAGUAGUGAACAGACCGUUAAUAUGAAUGGAGAUUAUUUAUUACCAUGGAGUGUAAGAUUGACAAUAGUAGGAGUUAUAAUGAGUGGAUUAUUCUUUUUAUCAUUGGCACCACAUCAAGAGGCAAGAUUCCUACUACCAAUCUUUUUCCCAUGUGUAUUGGUUUGUUUUAGAUAUUUCUAUAUGCCAACUAAACGAUCAAAGUAUCUAGUCAUUGUCUGGAUACUAUUUAAUAUGUUGGCUACCAUCUUUUAUGGAUUCAUUCAUCAAGCUGGUGUAGUCCCCUCACUUAUUCAUCUUCAAGGUCGUAUAAGUAAUAACAACGUUAAUAAUAGUAUAUCUUCGUCAUCGUCAUCACCACAUUUUGUUGAUAUUGAUCCAAACCAAAAAUUAAAUAUUAUCUAUUUCCACACAUAUAUGGCACCAAGACAUUUAUUGGGUAUUGGAGCAGAUCAAAAGGAUAGAAUCAAAGUGUACGAUGUAUCAGGCGACUUUUCCAAACUAUCAACACUUAUGGACUCUUUUAACGACAAUAGUCAUACAAUUGUUUUGACUCCCAACAAAAAGAUACUCUAUGAACAAUUCCGUCACAAAACUUGUCAAUUGGUAGAUUCCUUUUGGCCUCAUAUCACUACCGAAGAUCUACCAGAUUCUCUCUAUAACCUUAGAUUAUUCUUAUUAUCUUGUCAUGAAAUUUAA